UUUACCUCAACUUGAUGUAGCAUACUCAGCACUUUUGCUGCGUUAGCAAAAGCGCAUCCCCAUGCCUCCCUCAAUUCCGCGAAAGCGCCUACGGUCAGACUCGCCGAAGCCAAGACCGCCACCGAAGCGCACCGCCGCGCAUCCCCGUCGCACAGCACCCAGCUCCGACACGCCGCCCACGGUGCCGCGCACCCUUUCGCAGAAGAAGAAGCAGCUGGAGCUGUUCAUAGGAGGUGGCGACGACAGCGAGCUUUCCUCGGCCGAAAGCAGCGAAGAUGAGUUCGAAGAAGUCCCGCUCGCCAGCACCAAGGCCCAGAGCGAGACCAGCGAUGGGGACGAGAGCGAGGACGAAGAGUGGGAGGAUGCCCUCGGCGCAAAACACCAUACUAAGCAUGAUGUCGACGCCGAGCGUGAGCCUGUCAUCUCGGGUGACUUGAGUAUGACGAUUGAUGCGCCUCGGGCCGUUGAGCACGCCAGUUACAGCAGCAAGAAGGGGCCAAGCAAGAGGGACAGGCAGGUCCGGACUGCCACGCACUGCAUGCAUGUGCAGUUCCUCAUGUUUCACAACCUAAUACGGAACGCGUGGAUAUGCGACCCAGAGGUGCAGAGGAUCAUGCUUGCGCAUCUGAACGCGGGGUGUUGGAAGGCGGUGAAUCGCUACUGGAGAGAUGCCGGCAUUUCAGACGGACCCGAGCGCGUUGUCAAGGGCGGCUGGACAGACAAGGUUGCGGCUGGCAUCGGGAAGACGGGCGCCUGGAUCCCCAGCGGAACCAAGGGCGUGCAUGUGUAUGAGAGCCCGCAGAAAGGCCCCAAGGGCAAGGCUGGGAAGGCGAAACCUGCAGCAAGAGCUGGCUCGUCGAAGGACAAGGCGAAGAAAGCGGGCAGUGAUCGAAAUGCGCGAGAUUGGGGCGCGACCUCAGAGCGCCUAGAGCCCAACACGCCCAACCUCUCCGCCGGCGACCCGUUGCCGCGAUUGUUGAACUAUCUGGCCAUGUACUGGAAGGGUAAAUACAAAAUUACGGCACCGUCCUUACGGAAGCGCGGCUAUCUCUCUCUCGCCAACCUAAGGAGUGAGACAGAGGCUUGGAAAGACCACAAAGGCGACGCCAAUACCUUUGGAGAGCGGGUGGAAAAUCUGGCCGCAUACAGGGAACUAGCCCGAGGCUGUGAGGGUAGCAGGGACGUCGGGCAACAACUCUUUACGUCGUUGGUUCGCGCUCUUGGAGUAGAAGCUCGGAUGGUAGCGAGCCUGCAACCUGUGGGUUUUCGAUUUAAUAAAGCUGAGGAAGGCAAGCCCAAGGAUCUCAGCAAGCUUGGAAAAGACACGAACAAUGUCGAGACUAAUGACUCCAAACCCACGCCAAAGAAAGCAGGCUCUUUGCGAGCGAACGGUGCCAAGGAUAAUCCGAUCGACCUAUCGGACUCGGAACUCAGCAGUGCAAUAUCUGUAGCAUCCGGUGACGAGGAGGAACCGGGGAGCAAAGAUCCAGAGAACGCGCCUGCCUGGCAGGACCGCUUCUACGGCCGAGUCAUUCCAUAUCCAACAUACUGGACUGAAGCCAUCUCCCAUCUCACCCAUACACCAGUCGCAAUAUCAGUCCUUCCCAAGAUAACGGUAGCCACACCGGCCGAUGGAAAGUACUACCUCUUCGAAUCGACCCCUGCCAACGCAGAACGAGGCCACCAGGUCUUCGCGUAUUUGAUCGCCUUCUCGUCUGACGGCUCCGCAAAGGACGUUACGACUCGUUAUUUACGGAAUCGCCGUUGGCCAGGCGUAACAAAAGGCUUCCGGAUGCCUGUAGAGAAGAUCGCUAUCCACAACAAGAAAGGAAAGGUCAAAAGAUGGGAAGAGUGGAACUGGUUCAAAUCAGUCUUGCGCCCGUACGCCCGCCCACACUCGAAGCGCCAACCCUGGGACGAGGUAGAAGACGAAGGCGACCUCGUUCCUCCAAAACCCGUCAAGCCCAAGACAAUGGACGAGGGCGCAAAAGAAACUCUCCAGGGCUACAAAAAUUCUGCAAAGUAUGUCUUGGAGCGGCACCUGCGCCGCGAAGAAGCUCUCAAACCCGACGCUCCCAUAAUCCGCUACUUCACCACAGGCAAAGGCGAUAACGAGAAGCAAGAGCCGGUAUAUCGCCGUGAGGAUGUGGUGACCUGCAAGUCCGUUGAGUCAUGGCACAAGGAAGGUCGCGAGGUCAAAGUGGGCGAGCAGCCGCUGAAGUUUGUGCCGAUGCGCGCCGUUACUGUGCAGCGGAAACGCGAGAUCGAAGAGCGCGAGCGUACUGAGGGCCAGAAGGUAGAACAGGGUCUGUACUCUGAGGCGCAGACUGACUGGAUCAUUCCUGACCCCAUCGUGGACGGCAAGAUCCCGCGCAAUGCUUUUGGAAACAUCGAUGUGUAUGUCCCGACAAUGGUUCCAAGGGGCGCAAUACAUAUUCCUCUCAAGGGCACCGUACGCAUUUGCAAGAAACUGAAGAUCGACUAUGCGGAAGCGUGCACCGGAUUCGAGUUUGGGAAGCAACGCGCUGUGCCUGUCAUCACGGGUGUGGUUGUCGCUAUUGAGAACGAGGACCUGGUUAUCGAUGCGUGGGAAGCUGCGGAAGCGGACAAGGCAGAGAAAGAAGAAGCCAAGAGGGAAAAGCACGUCCUUGGCCUGUGGAAGAAAUUCGUGAUCGGUUUGAGGAUUGUGGAGCGUGUGAACCGGCAUCACGGUCAAGACGCCGUGGAGGUUUGGCAGCGAGAGAAAGACAAAGAGGCCAAGAAAUCAGCCCAGCCGAAGGAGCAGUCCGAGUGGGAUGCCUUUCACAAUUACGAAGGCGACUUUGAAGGCGGAUUUAUGCGUGAGGAGCCAAAUGCUGCCGGUGGAUUCAUGCCAGCGAACGAUGUUGUGCCUGAGCGAGAGGAGAAUACAGCGGGCGGCUUCAUGGUAUCCGAUGAAGACGAUGCGCAACCACCAAUAUCUUCGUUUCACGUCGAAGGCGAAGAAAUAGGACAGGAUCAUGAAGAGGCGAAUCCGACCGCGGCAGAUACCGCGUACCAGACGCCCAUCUCCAUGCAGUCAUUACACCAAAACCCCGCCCUUGAACAACGAACCGAAGUCCUUGACGGUGAGCUCUCAGACUCAGAAGGCGAACCGCUGAUACCUGCUUCAAGUAAUCGCACACGCGGUACAUUACCAUCUCGAGGCCGUGGUCGCGGUCGCGGUCGAGGUGCGAAACGCGCUUCCACCUCCACUCGCAAUUCAAUCAUCCGCAAACCCAGUGUCGAGUUGGAAGAUAAUUCUAGCCUAUCCGAACCUCUAACGGACGAUCCUGCAUCUGUUGCGGACCAUUCUCCGAAUGCUGAGCCCUCAGACCCCGAACCCUUAGGCAACGAGCCCGAAGCUAUCAGCCCAGCUCCAAAGAGCACGCGUGGAAAGCGUAAGGCUUCUGCCGCUUCGCCUGUAGAGGGCAGAUCGGUGCCCAAACGCAAGGCGGCAAGGAAGAGUACUGCGCAGGUCAAGAGUCACUUCUUCGCGGGGAGUGAUGAGGAGACGGAUGCAACGGACAUCACAGACAGGAGUCCUCAGAAGGCGGCGACAAGAGGGCGGGCCAGAGGAAGAGGCAGGCGGAAGGCUUGAAAUACUCAUGUAUAGCUCAAUUGACACAUGAUAUUCGAGCAUGCCACCCCACCGCUCACGACUACCCCCGUUCUAGACAAUCUCAUCCGAACCACCCUACCCCUCCUCCCCCCUCACCUCCCUCCACCAUCGACUCGCCCG